AUGAACACUUCGCGUUUGCCGGCCUCGUUUGAGCCACCUACUGCCCAGAAUGAUACCGAUCCACAGCCUCCGGCGACGAAUGACUACACACACGGCACGGGUACGGAUCCGCAGGCUAUCCCCAGGGGCGGGACAGCGGUGAGAUCGACUACGGCCACCCUCAAGUCCACACAACGGUCUGCGAGUGUGCUUGUGAGUGCCCCAAGCUACACCCUGAACCCGACCGCCCAAUACGGGGUAAUGAGAGACCUGACUAGGUCAAGAACCGGUGUGUAG